ACAAAAAAGUAAAAGAAGUUCAUGAAAUAUUAGAAAAUGUGUUGAAAAUCGAAAACUCAAAGUUGAUUCCUUUGUCUGAUGUAUCGAUUUACCAGAAUAUUUGUUUACAUAAUACUCACCGAUCGAUAGUGGACUGUCGGUUAGAAUGCAAAGCGCGGGAAUCCCGGCACACCGCUUUUCAAGUCAGUACAUAAACAGCUGCCGCUGCGAAAGGUGUUGUAAUUCUUUUUUUGUCUUGAUAUCUUUUCUAGACUUUAGGUAUAGUUAUUAAAAACUCCUAUAAAAAUAUCAAGUUUGUUUAAUCUGAAUCGACAAAACCUCUAAGAAUGGAAUUUGAUUGGCUUUGGCUUUAUCGCAAUCGUAUAAUCAAGUGGAAAAGCAGUUUUAAGUGCAUUUUGUGUACUUUUGAAUUUGGAAAAGAUUACGUCAAUGAAAUCAAAAUCCAUAUUGAAGAUAAUCCUUUUCAUAUCAAAGGGAUUAAGAAGAUAGAUUGUGAAUUGAAAGAUUCUUUGGGUAACGAGGUUAUCCCGUCAGUGUGCGAAGAAAUAGUGAAAAAUUGUAUUUUUUUCAAUACCAAUGACAAUCAACUUAGAUGCUAUCUGUGUAGAUAUACGUUUCCAUGCUAUUCUGACGUUUUAGAACAUGUGAAAACUCGAAAACACCUGCAAAAAAUUAAUAAUAACAAAAAUGCUUUGAGUUCUUUGAAAUCUAAAACAUAUGUUUUCACGAAUGAUUUAUAUUGUAAAACAUGCAAAGUUUUUUGUCUUACCCCCAUGAGUACUUUGAAGCAUAUUAUGGAUCAUUUUCCUAAAAUGCUUCCACAUUCAACCAGUUUUGAUAUCAUCAAAGUCUUCAAUUCUCAUAUAGUAUGUUCUCUAUGCAAUAUUAACAUUAGUUCUGACAAAUUAGAAGAUCAUUUAAAGUCUACUCAACAUGUGAAAAGGAAUAAUUUCUUGAAAAGUAGAAAACCAAUACUUCAAGAAAAUCAGAUUUCCACAAAUGAAUGGAAGCUUAUUAAACAGAUUUUUUUCAACUUUUUCAAUAUUCGUACUUGGCGUUGUAGUAAAUGUGAAACUGACAUUCCAAAUGAAUUUCAUCUUAUUCCACAUUUUAUGGGAAGGAUUCAUCAGUUAAAUGCUAUGAAAAAUGUUAAGUGGAGUGAUCAUUUGAUCAAAGAAAAUAUUAUCUCUUAUCAUUGUUACUUGUGUAAUGAAUCAUUUGGUACUGAUAUCUUUUCUUUGUUUUUUCAUUACUAUACUUCGAUUGAACAUAAAAUAAAACUAGAAUUAUUUGAUCAAAUUUCCAAGCAAAAUCAUCUGAAUAUGAUAGAAAUAAAAGGUACAAUUUUUGUUGAGUGUUCAUUAUGUCAAAUAAAAAUGAACGAUAUGGAAUCCAUUAACGCUCAUUUUAAUGAAACAAAACAUAAAUCUUGUGUAAUUGCGAAUAAACAAUUACCAAUUUCUGAAAUGAAAUCAUGUAAGACACAAUGUAAUGAAAAAACCAAAAACAAAGAGACAAAAGUUAGUAAAGUGAAAAAUGAAAAAUCAAAGACCUCAGAACUAGCAUCAUCAAAAAAAGAAUCAGAAUAUCAUUGUACUGAAAUGGCAAGAAACAAAACAAAAGAAAAAUUUGAUUAUUAUCCAAUAGCUGAUGAACAAUUUCAACUAGAUGUGCUUGACAUUAUAGAGGAUUUAGAUGGACUUCGAUUAAAUAAAGUUAAAAUGAAUAGAUUCAUUCCAGUUCAUAAAAGAGAAUCACAAUCAAAAUCAUGCAACGUGCAGGCAAAUAGAGUUUCAAUAUUUGAUCAAAAUAUUUUAAAAAAUGGUACUCAGUAUAUAGACUUAUGUAUUAAACAGGCCAAAACAAAUAUAUACAAUACAAGUAGCAUCAAACUAACUAAUAUAAACUUGAGCAUUAAUUUCAUAAUUAAAGUCAAUGAUGACCAUUUCUGUUUACUUUGCAACAAACAAUUUUCCAGUGAGGUAAAUGUUAUAAUGGAACACUUUUUUUCUAAAGAUCACAUUAAAAAUCUACAAAAUCAGAAUAACAGCCUAACUAAAACAGAAGAUUCAUCAAAUAUAUCCAAUGAUAAUUUAACAUUUGCGUUACCUUAUAUUUCACACACUACAAAUGAAUCUUUUCAUUGCCAUGCUUGCAAAAAUGACAUUGCAGAAUACAAUGUUUUUGAACAUGCUCUAUCUCAGAAUCAUAUGCUAAAAUGUGAGAACAUGAAAAAAAAUGCUUUCAAUAUUCUUUUGAAAAUCAUGACUCUCUUGAAGAAUACAUGGUAUUAUGCUCAAUAUUUUAAUUGUCAAGUGUGUAACAUGAAAUAUCAGAUGGAAAUAGAAUUUGUUGAACAUUUAAAAAAUGAAAACCAUUGUAAAAAAGUAAAAAUGUGCAUUGAAAAAGGUGAAGUACUGGAAUUUCAUACAUGUUAUGCAUGUGUAACAUGCAUUUAUGGAGAUUCCAGAAAAUAUUAUGGUCAUUGUGAUGAUAUUUUCCAUAAACGCUACUUAAGUAAGGGUGAUUAUAAUGUUUCAAAAAUGAUGCCUCCCUUGAUAGAUUUGUUAAGUAGAAUAGAAGAUAAAAAACAAAAAUUAUUAUUUGAAUCAGAUUCAAUUACUUUGGAAAGCUCACAAGAAAACAGUUUAUUAAAAGCUGUUGAAAAAGUUGUUGAACACUUAUAUCCUAAUGCAAAAGCAUAUAAAUUUGGUUCUAGAUGUUCUUAUACAGCUCUCUCUAAUAGUGAUUUAGAUAUUUUUUUAGAUUGUGACAACAUGUACCAUGAAAACUUUGAUACUUCAUUGAGCCAUAAAUAUUUAUCAUCUGUGAUCGAUUGUUUUAAAAAUCUAGAAGACGAAUGGUAUAUAGAAGAAACAUUGUUUGAUACCAGGGUUCCUAUUAUCAAAUUGCGUCAUUAUCCUACUGAUCUCAAGUGUGAUAUCUCUUUUUCAAAUGGUUUGGCUUGCAGAAAAUCUAAACUUGUUAGAUACUACAAUGAUGCUUACAAAAUGUGUAGAGAGCUUAUUUUGUACCUUAAAAAAUGGGUAAUUUUUUCACAAUUAUCAGGUACAGAAGGUAUUUCAACUUUCACUGUAUCGUGGCUAGUGAUUUUUUACUUGCAAGUCAAAGGUGUACUUCCAAGUGUUUAUGAGUUAAUAAAAUGUCAAACUCGCUCAAUAAUUAUUGAUGGUUGGGAAUGUGGAUACCAGAAAAAUUUUUGCAUCACUUCCAAUGAUUCUAGUUUUGUAGAAAAUCUUGUUGGACUGUUUACAUUUUAUGCAGAAUUUGACUAUCAGAAGUAUGUUAUUUGUCCGUAUUUGGGUUCGAUAAUAGAAAAAGAAAAGUUUGCUACCAAAGAAUUACCAGCUGAGCUUACAGCUAUACUUAAUGAUAAAAAUAGAAAGGCUGUAUCACUUUUCCGAUUUGAUUCUCCAAUGUGUAUGCAGGACCCAACAGAUCUUUCUCAAAAUUCCACCAAAGCUCUUAGAAAACGUCAACUCAGAUGUUUCAAAGAAUAUUGCUCAUCAAGUGUCGACAGAAUUAUAUCUGGACAACAAGCUACAGAUUUAUAAUAAAUCUUUUUAAUAACUUUUUUUUGAAAAUUAUUGUUUUUAAAACAUUACGACAAGAACUCAUGAUUUAUAAACGGAAUGCAAUUAUACUGACGUUAUCACUAUCAUUGUUCAAAAUGUUUAUGAAACAUUGUUUUAAAUUUUUUAGAAAAAAAUUUUAAUGUGCUAUUUUCAUAUUUUAAU